AGGAAAGUACAUCAGCCGAAGAAGAACCUGCGGAAGCAAGUGCACCAGCCGAAGAAGAACCUACGGAGGAAAGUGCACCUGCGGAAAGUGAGGCUGCGAGCGCAGACGAGGAUGAUGAUGGUAUACGUGACAUUGUAGAGGAAGCCUCAGUCGAUGCCGAUGAGGCGACAGCGGCAGCCACCGAAGCCCUUGACAAUGCGGGUGAGGCAGCCGAAGAUGCCAGUGAGGCCGCAGAAGACGUACAAGAAGCCAGCGAGGAAUUGGCUGAGGCAACAGCCGAAGCCACCGAAGCUGCAGAAGAGGCAGAGAGUGUUGCCGAUGCAGCCACCGAAGCAGUGGACGACGCAUCUGUUGCAGUGAGUGAUUUCGAAGCUAUCACAGACGCUGUAGGUGGUGAUGAGUCUACACCGGCCGUGGAAGCAAGUGCCGCACCCGCUGAAGAGGAGAGUGAAGAGGCAGAGGAGAGUGCACCAGCCGAAGAAGAACCUGCGGAGGAAAGUGCGCCUGCGGACAGUGAGGCUGCGACCGCAGACGAGGAUGAUGAUGGUGUACGUGACAUUGUAGAGGAAGCUUCAAUCGAAGCCGAUGAAGCGACUGCUGCAGCCACUGAAGCCCUAGAAGAUGCGAGUGAAGCAGCCGAAGUUGCCAGUGAGGCUGCAGAAGACGUGCAGGAAGUUGAGAGUACCGUAAUUGGUGCUGGAGUCCCUGAGGCUAGUGAGGCAUUGGCCGUGGCAACAGAAGAAGCCACCGAAGCCGCGGAAGAGGCAGAGAGUGCUGCCGAUGCAGCCACUGAAGCAGUGGAUGACGCAUCUGUUGCAGUGAGCAAUUUCGAAGCUAUCACAGAGGUUGUAGGUGGUGAGGAGACUGCACCGGCCGCGGAAGCAAGCGCCCCACCUGCUGAAGAGCCGAGUGCAGGGG